AUGGUAAUUAGCUAGAUUCUAAGAAUAAAAAUACAUUUGUAGGAUCUAUGUCAAAAAUCAAUCCAAUAUCUUUAGUAAAUUUUGAAAAUUUUGAUUAAAAAAUUACAGAUGAAUAAUAUCAACUACAACUAAAUUAAUAAAAAUAAGAAUCCGAUAAAUUAUAAUAAAAGGAAUCGACUGUUUUUAUAAAUUACUAGCAAUAAAAAUAAUAAUCUUAAAGAGUUACUCAAUCAAAUAUUAACCUAAAAAUUCCUGAAUAUGAUUAUCAAGGAAGUAAAUUAUUAGUUUAAUAAUAAGAAAAUGAUAUAAACAACCAAAAAGUUUAGAAUUUAUAGUCUUUAUCUGAUAACCAAAGCAUUUAAAGCAUAUAUCUGA